AUGUCCUAUCCUAUCACCACCAAGACAGUCAGCUUAAGCAAAGGUCCCGACCCAAGAAGUUUGAUCCAAAAGGAGAGAGAUGCCCAAAAGUUCAACCCACAAGCCAUGCAGUACUUUUUGGAAGGCUCCAAACAACGUGGUGAAUUGAUCAAGUCUUUGAUUCAGCAAAUGGAAAGAGACCCUAUUUUGUUCACUGAUGGAUCCUACUACGACUUGACCAAGGAGCAACAACGUGCAUUGACUGUGGUCAAGAUCAAUCGUGUUUCACGAUACUUGGAAAACGACUCAAUUGAUGUGUUUACACAGAGAUUAUCCUUGAUUGGUGUUUUUGACCCACAGGUGUGUACGAGAAUGAUGGUGAACUUGGGGUUGUUCCUCAAUAGCAUCAAGGGUAAUGGUACUGAUGAACAAUUCAAGUAUUGGGCCAUUGAUAAAAAGACACAUCAACUUAAUGGAAUGUAUGGGUGUUUUGGAAUGACUGAGUUGGCUCAUGGUUCCAAUGUUGCUGGGAUUGAGACUACUGCAACUUUUGAUAAGGCAAGUGAUGAAUUUAUCAUCAAUACCCCACACAUUGGUGCUACGAAGUGGUGGAUUGGUGGUGCUGCUCAUUCAUCAACACAUACUGUGUGCUAUGCCAGGUUGAUUGUCGAUGGAGAAGACUAUGGAGUCAAGACUUUUGUUGUUCCAUUGAGAGACUCGAACCACGACUUGAUGCCAGGUGUGACUGUUGGAGAUAUUGGAGCCAAGAUGGGAAGAGACGGUAUUGAUAAUGGAUGGAUCCAGUUCUCGUCAGUCAGAAUCCCAAGGUUCUUUAUGUUGCAAAAGUUCUGUAAGGUUUCAAGAGAAGGUGAGGUUGUUUUGCCACCAUUGGAGCAAUUGUCAUACUCAGCUUUGUUGGGAGGUAGAGUCAUGAUGGUCUUGGAUUCAUACAGAAUGUUGGCUAGAGUCUCCACCAUUGCAUUGAGAUAUGCUAUUGGUAGAAGACAAUUCAAGGGAGACAAUGUUGACCCAGAUGAUGAGGAGGCUUUGGAGACUCAAUUAUUGGACUAUCCAUUGCAUCAAAAGAGAUUAUUCCCAUACUUGGCUGCGGCAUAUGUGUUCUCAGCUGGUGCCUUGAAAGUCGAGAAAAGUAUCGAAGAGACCUUGUCAGUUUUGGAUAAGGCUGUUCAAUCAAACGAUCAAGCUGCUAUUUUCAAGUCUAUUGACGGUAUGAAGUCGUUGUUUAUUGACUCUGGUUCAUUGAAAUCCACUUCUACCUGGUUGGCGGCCGAGGGUAUCGACCAAUGUAGACAGGCUUGUGGUGGACACGGUUACUCCGCCUACAAUGGAUUUGGAAAAGCUUACAAUGAUUGGGUCGUCCAAUGUACUUGGGAAGGUGACAACAAUGUCUUGGCCAUGAACAUCAGUAAAUCGUUGAUCAAACACGUUCUUACCAUUGAGGACAAGGGUAAGUCAGUUAAGGGGUCUUCAGAUUUCUUGAACCAGUUGAAGGAAUAUACUGGAUCAGGGGCUAGCAAAGUUAUUUUGGACAACGGAAACGAUAUCACAGAUCUCAAGAAGUUUAUCAAGUCUUUGGAAGUUGCCAUCAUUAGAUUGUCACACGAAACUGCCAAGACUGUCAGAAAGCAUAAUUUUGAUUUCGUUGGAGCUGAAUUGGUCACCUUGUCUAAAUUGAACGCACACCACUACUUGUUAAGUGAGUACGUGAGAAGAAUCGAAGCUCAUGAUGACGAAAGCUUGAAGCCAUACUUGUACGAUUUGGGUAGAGUUUAUGCUGCUACUGUUGUGUUGGACAAGUUUGCUGGUGUUUUCUUGGCCUUCAAUGUUGCAUCUACAAAGGCCAUCACUGACUUGGCCAAGGUUGUCAUUCCAAACUUGUGCAAGCAAGUCAGGCCAAACGUUGUUGGAUUGACCGACUCAUUCCAGAUGUCUGAUAUGAUGGUAAAUGCUGCCAUUGGUAGAUACGAUGGAGACAUCUACGAAAACUACUUUGACUUGGUCAAGACCUUGAACCCACCAGCCAAGCACAAGGCACCAUACUCAGGUGCUUUGGAAGACAUGUUGAACCGUCCAUCACUUGAUGAAAGAGAGAGAUUUGAAAAGACUCUUGAAACUGGUGAGAUCUUAUCUAAAUAG